UGGUUUUCGCUGUGACGUCACUGACAGGGUGCGCGACAGUCUUGCAACAUCAGUGGAAAGAGAGAGCGGUGCACAAUAACACCGCCGAAUAGGACUUCAUGAGGACAUAAAGACACCGUGACUACCAUAUCAUGCAACACACUAGGCGACAGGAUUUUCAUAAUACCUUAUCAAAUCAUUUGACUGCGUCUUAAUUGCUUGAGCAAAGGCAACGGAGGUAGUGGAAAGCAGUGCAUCUCUUCGACGGGGAGGCUGGGGAUGAGCGCCUCAUGUUAUUAGCAGCUUUACUGACAUGGACGAUUAAACAUGCGGCAACACAAGGAACGCUUGAAGGCUUGCGGUGGGAUCUGAGCCGUGGGGGUGUGUGCGUGGGAAAAGAUCGGUGAUGCAAGGCGGAUGGUCAAGCCGAACAGGUGCCCCAGGGGAGGGCUAACCUGUCCCGACCUGAUGCGCCCUGUCCUACUGUGGUGAGAGUCACAAGCACAACGCGUGCACGCCGACCGGCUCGAGGGUUGGCAGGAGCCCGCAGCCAUGCUGCCCGGAGUAGGGGUGUUUGGCACCAACCUCACGGCCAGGGUUAUCAUCCCUCUGCUGAAAAACGAGGGCUUUUCUGUAAAGGCAUUGUGGGGUAGAACUCAGGAAGAAGCAGAGGAAUUGGCCAAGGAAAUGAACGUGCCCUUCUACACUAACCGGAUAGACGACGUGCUUCUGCACCAGGAUGUGGACCUGGUGUGCAUCAACCUGCCUCCGCCGCUCACCCGACAGAUUGCAGUCAAGACACUCGGCAUCGGCAAGAAUGUUAUUUGUGAUCGAACAGCCACCCCAUUGGAUGCUUUUCGAAUGAUGUCUGCAGCCCAUUACUACCCCAAAUUGAUGAGCAUCAUGGGCAAUGUGCUACGAUUUCUACCUUCAUUUGUCAAGAUGAAGCAGCUGGUGGAAGAGGGAUAUGUAGGAGAACUUCUGGUUUGUGAGGCACAGGUGCAUAGUGGAAGUCUGCUUGGAAAAAAGUACAACUGGAGCUGUGAUGACUUAAUGGGAGGUGGAGGUUUACAUUCUGUUGGAAGUUACAUCAUUGACCUGUUGACCUUCUUAACUGGCCAGAAAGCUUGUAAAGUACACGGCUUUCUCAAGACUUUUGUCAAGCAGACUGAUCACAUCAAGGGUAUUCGGCAAAUCACCAGCGAUGAUUUUUGUACAUUUCAGAUGAUUCUGGAAGGAGGUGCAUGUUGCACAGUUACAUUAAAUUUUAAUGUCCCUGGGGAAUUUAGACAAGAGGUAAUAGUAGUAGGUUCUGUUGGAAGACUAAUGGUCAGUGGAACUGAUCUUUAUGGACAGAAAAAUAAUGCUGCCCAAAGGGAACUUCUUUUAAAGGACUCAACAACAUUGGGGAACACUUCCUUGCCAGAGAAAGCCUUCAGUGAUAUACCCUCACCAUACCUCACUGGCACAAUUCGAAUGGUACAGGCUGUGCGAAAAGCUUUUCAGGACCAAGAAGAUAGGCGCACAUGGGAUGUAAGACCUCUCACCAUGGCAGCCACCUUUGAAGAUUGUUUGUAUGCUCUCUGUGUUGUGGACACUAUCAAAAAGUCUAGCCAGACUGGGGAAUGGCAAAAUAUUGUCAUAAUGACUGAAGAGCCUGAGCUGAGCCCUGCUUACUUGAUUAGUGAAGCUAUGCGCCGAAGUAGAAUGUCCCUGUAUUGUUAACUUAAAAAAGCAUAACUGGCAAAAAGAUGUUUUUGUUGGUUUAUGUGAAUGUGAUGGCAGGAAACUAGCUUAAAAGCAUUUAAGAGGAUAUGUAUACCCAGUGUGUUAAAGAUUCCACCUUAAUUAUCCAUCUCUGGGUAUAAUCUCUUUUUAAGUUGUAUGAGUGCAAAAUGAGUAGAAAAUUGCACAUGCUGAAAACUGCACUGAAGAUCCGUUCAAAAGACUCAGUAUCAAAUUAUUGAUUUUAAGUAUGACAUCCAGAAUUUUAAACUGUGACUUCAAAGACUUAGUUAUUCAUCUUUGGGUAGAAAAAAAUGAUUAGAGCAAAUUGAGAAAAGGAUGUUUAUAAGUAAGCACCAUCAGCCUCCAAUGCAUUCUGAAAUAGAGAAAAGAAGUAACUGCAUUGUUCAGCUAUUUUAGAGCAAAAUCUAAUUUAUACCCAGCAUAUGCUUGCUUUUAGUAUUGGAACAGGGCAUGGGGUUUGAAUGUUUGCACUCAUUCUGAUUAGGAAAUGUUUCUCUUGUUAAUAAUAAAUUUCCAAAAGUUUCAUCACUUUUAUUUCUCAUUCCAGUCAACAGAAAUGGGCUACAAUUUUCUUUGAACUCAGGGUCCUUGCUGCCACAUAAGAAAUGUUAAUUUAACCCUAGUUUUUACAAUUAAAAAACAAGCUUAAAAAAUUUGAAUAUUAAAGGAGAACAUCAAAGACAAAAUGCAGUUCAUAUAUAUAUUUAUAAAUAAUUAAUGUACAGAAUUAGGUAUUCUCAGUUCUUUUUCCAUAAUGCUUAGGAUAGUUUUACCUAUACAUAUGUAUUACAGUAUUAUAGUCAUUAUCGGGGUUCUGGCCUUGGAAUACCAGUAUUCAUUUUGGAAUGUAAUUUUCAUUUUGGAAAACAGGCUGAGCCAAAAUAUUCUGAACAGUAGCCCUGCAAGUUACACAGAAUUUAUGCAUCUCUUUUUUAAAAACUGCAUAGCUUGCUUUUUCUGGAAAACAGGACUACUGUGUUGCCAUACAUUCCUUCAACUUUCACCUGCAAUUUUAUUUAUUCUGUUGCUAAUAUGCAAAUAUGACUGCAUAUGCUAGUUGCGGGACUAACCAAUAUGCAAGUAUACUCAAGCACCUUGCAGAGUCUUAUGAAUCUUUAUAAUGUUAAGAAUUCAUAUUAUAUGUACCGACAAGUACACAGUACCUACCAGCAUCAAAUAGUCGUGUACUUUGCUGACCUGCUCUUCUCUAGGUACCAAAACAUGGUAGCGGAAGUACAUCUCUGUCCAGCAGGUAGUAAAACAACGACUCCCACAAUGUAUUUCGACGUGCUAUGCCAUUCAUUGUCCACUUCUGCCGGACUCCAACCUAUGUACUCCUUAAGAAUGAUUGCUCUCCCCAGGGAUCAAGAGUAACCCCAAAGUACUAAAACUGCUGCACUUUGUUGCUUGCUGGAGAUCUCAAAUGUCACUUCACCCCUAACCCUUAAGUGCCUUUUAAAGUAGACUAGCUUAUAUGCCAUUAGUAAAUAAAACAUUAAUGGCAUACAAAAGAGAAACUUGCUGCUGCUGAAAGAAAUAACUUUUUGACUGCUUCAUGCAUGCCAUAAAGUUAGGUCUUUUGCUCUCUCAAGAGUAGUGAUCCUUCAACCAUGUUGUCUAGACUCAAAUAACAGAAAGAAUAAGAUAAUCAUAAUCCUUGGUUUCACAGCAUGUCUAGGCCAGUGUUUCAUAGGGUUUUAAGUUUAAUCACCAAAUUAGGGAAACAUGAGUCCUUCUUCACCAUUGAAAGAGGUUUCAGACUGGACUAUUGAAAAUUCCUCUCCCGUGAUUAUCUCUAUCCAGUGCCACUUCCUGGUAGAAGGAACUAUGACUGUUUGGAUUCAAUUCAUGGACAGGUAUGUGAGCUGUAGGUAGUAAGAAAAUUGGAAUUUAGUUCAUGCUGUUUGUUAUCUGCCAACAGCGUAGGACUAAUACUUGGUAAAAUAUACAAUAACAAGAAAAGCAGAUCUUGUGGAAUAGUCCCCAGCUUGUAUCCCAGUAGUUUUAUUAAUAUUUAAGAUGCAUCUGCAAUGUAGCACAACAGUUUUGAGCCAUAUAAUGCGGGAUAUACAGUAGCUGUCCUACAUCAGAUCCUUUGUAAUACUAAAAAAGUGAUAAUUUUAUGUGACAUAAAUUUGAAUCAGUUAUAACUGUUCAAUCAAUCUGUUGGCAGUUAUGAGAAAUAUUUGUCUUUAAUCUAACAUUCAGUGAGUUAUGCACAAGAAAACAUAGGAGAGUGAUACUGCUAGUUAAUCAAGUCUAGAGCGGAAAGUGCUUAAGAAUUUGCCUGUGUAUAGUAAAUCAGAAAUCUUUCACAAUCAUCAUAUGCCUAUUCUUUCUGGGAUUUUUACUUGGGUGGGCUGUAUUUAGGUUUAGAGGCAGUUUCAAAAGUAGUUGUUAAAAAUGAAAUGUUUUAGGAGGCUAAUUGAAGGAAAUAAAGAAAUUCACUUUACAUUAUUAAAUAUAUUUUAGCAUUGCUAGAGUUUCAAUGCAUUCUCCUGAUUUAUCCUUAUUUGUAACCUUGGGUCCAAAUGCUAGCUUUAAUCAAAGUUUAAGACUGUUAUUUCUGUUAUCUAUUUCUAAUACAGCUAUUAUAAUUAUGUGAAUCUACUACAGCUUACAUAUACAGUACAAUUAUUAGCAGUCUUUGUUCAUUAUUAAAACAUUGAUUCUGUUUAAUUAAUGAACACAUAGCAGUCCACAUUUACAUUAUAAACAAAGAUGUAAAUUAAAAUCUGAGUAGUAAAUCAACACCAUAAACCAGUUUAACAACUCAUUUAUUAAAUGUGUUUUGUUAAAACUCAUCAUUUAAAUUUGGCUGCUUAAAGCACAUUCAGACAUUGGGAGAACAUGUAAACUUCACACAGACAAACUCAGGCAUGGGAUUUGAACCAAUAUGAAUAUAGGUGUACUGUAUAUAUGAGUGGGCCAUGUGUUGUACCGGCACCCUGCCAAGGUUUGUUUCCUUUAUAGUGCCCAGGUUCCAACCUCCUGCAAAUUUAAAUUUGAUUAAACAGCUUUGAGAAUAUUACAAUUAUUAAUCAUAACUUAUUUAUUUUGUAUAUUUUUCAUAACCAAAUUCUGAAAUUGUUUUAGCUGUUGACUUCUAGUGUGUGCCACCAGUGCUUUUCAUUAAUGUGUGCAAGGCUUUAAUCAUAAGCACCUGGCUUAAGAGGCAGCACCACUUUUUCUUCACUAGAAAUUAAUAUAAUUUAAAAGCUUCUAUAUCAUAUUGUCAAGCACUGGACCUCAGGUUAUCUCAUUUUAAAUAUUUUAUUAGUGCUUUUCUGGCAUUUGCAUAUAUUCUUGCUCAUUUUCAUGUGGAGUCCAAUGCCCAAUGUGCUAUCAGUUUGAUUGGUUAAAUCAUCCAAUCUACCAAUGCUAUUCAGAAAAUUCAUGAGUAAAUUUUUAAUCAAAGUGCACUUUUGUGCCAAAGAAUAUAAGAAUAGUGUUAAAGUUUCUGCAGUUGUGGCCAUUUUGUCCAAACUGUUAAGUCAUCAAUAGUUUGCAAUAGACUGAAAGAUGCAUCUUAACAUUUCAAACCUGCAGCCAGUGCUUUCUUAACAAAAAUACGUAAGGUAUUUUAUAUUAAUAUAUAAAAUACGGUUGGCAUUGAAACUAAGUGUCAGUAAUAAAACUGUCUUCCCUUCAGGUGGUUUCUGCUAAAAUAGAGUUCUUUGCAUGCCGCAACAUUUUAUGAAAUAAUUAAAAAAAAAAAAACUUGCAA